UCAAAGUGUUUUAAAAUGGCGUCUGAAAGUAACAUCCGCGAGGACGCUUACGUUGAAAAAGGAGCAGAAGAUGUUAAAACUAGCAACACUGAUGACAACACAGGUGAAAGGAAACAUUGGCAAGAAGACAAAGGAGUUCCUGGGAGUAUCCUUUACACGUAUGAGAACAGUUUGUGGACAGAUGUGACAUUGGAAUGUUCAGCAGAGAAUGGAGACACUCGUUAUCUAAAAGCCCACAGGAUGAUUCUGGCAUCACGCAGUCCUGUUUUCGAAGGCAUGUUGUUUGGUCCUGCGGCUGACAAAGGGGAUACAAUACAGAUUACUUCUUUUACAUAUGAACUGAUGGACUUUCUUUUAAGGUAUCUCUAUUCCGGUGUAACAGCACUGGCUGAAGAUACAGCGAUUAAGAAUUAUAAGACUGCCCACUUCUUCCAAGUCCCGGCACUUGUGGAUGAAUGCAGCCAGUACCUUCGAAGCAUCUUUAGCAAGGACAACGUUUGCGAAAUACUGGACCUCUCUUUGCAGUAUGACAAUGAGGGACUUAGAAAUGCAGCAAGCGAUUAUAUCGAUCAGAACGCGUCAAAUGCUAUCGAAACGAAAGGGUUUUUACAGGUUUCCCAAAGAUGUCUGGAAUACAUGUUUGCUGGAGAUACGUUCUACGUUGACGAACAGACAAUCUUUCGUCGCUCAUUAGAUUGGGCUAAACAACAUGAAAAAGAAAAAAAUCCAAAUAAGACAAAAUACCAAGGUGAAGAAGACAAAGCCGACACUACCGUAAAAGACUUCAGAAAAGCGCUUGGCAAUGCGCUUCAAUACAUUCGAUUUGGAACGAUGUCUUUUCUUGAGUUUUCAGAAAUUGCAGGGAGCUCUUUAAAUGCAGAGGAUAUAAAAUCCAUUCAUCAGUAUGCAAACAAUGACACCGCUGAUGAAUUUCGUCAACAACGAUUGCCCAAACAGGAAAUAGUAACAAUCGGGAAAAGUAAUAUGAAACAGAUUUUUGACGACCCUUUGGGUCCGUCAUAUUACAGGAUCUACGUUCGGAAUGAUAUUUUCUGCGAAGGAAUUGACUUUUCCGAAAUGUCAGUGGCAGUACAUCAACCAUCGUAUGACAUAAAUGUUAAGAACACAGUUAGUCCUGAUUUCGAAAUCUUUUUUAAGGUUAACAUUAAAAUCAGCAGGGUUAAUUACAGCUUUACAACCACAAAACGAAACUUAUCAUCAAACUCUGUGACAUUCGAAUCACCAAUUUGUCUUAAAGCAUCAAAAAAACCAUACACACUCGCUGUUAGUAGUGAAUUCCAGCUGCAACCACUAGAACUUACCGUAACAACUGCGGAGGCUGAAGAAGGAUCAGCCAAGAUUAAAAGAGCAAAGGUUACUUGGGAAGAUCAGUGUUCCAUUGUUAGCAAAAUUCGAUUUUUGAACAGAUCUUACAGAGAGUUUGAGAUCAACGAAAGUGAAAAUGGGGAUAGCGAUACUAGUAAAGAGGAUGACACUCAGAGCACAUCGUCUGAAGAUGAUAUAUAG